AUGAGCUGCAGCAUCAAGAGAUCAUCCAGCACCUCGUACAGGAGCGGAGGAGGAGGUGGAGGCGCCUGUGGUGGCAGCAGCGGCCGCAGCUCCUCCGUGUCCUGCCGGCGCUACGCCUCCUCCGUGAUCGGCGGUGGCAGCUACGGCGGGGCAGCCUGCGGGGGCUACGGGGGCGGCCUGAGCAUGGGCAGCCUGGCCGGGGGCUUUGGCGGGGGCUUUGCGGGCAGCUGUGGCCCGGGGGGGGACCUGCUGCUCAGCGGCAAUGAGAAGGUCACCAUGCAGAACCUCAACGACCGCCUGGCGGCUUACCUGGAGAAGGUGCGAAGGCUGGAGGAAGAGAACGCCCAGCUUGAGCACCACAUUCGGGAGUGGUAUCUUUCUGCUUGUCCUGCAAAUCUAGAACACAGAAAUACUCCUCUCCCCCUUCCCCUUUUGCAGAUUAUUUCUGCCACUGUGGACAACAACAGAAUGCUUCUGGACAUCGAUAACAGCAAGAUGACUGCCGAUGACUUCCGAAUGAAGUAUGAGAAUGAGCUGGUCAUCCGUCAGACCGUGGAGUCUGACAUCAAUGGCCUGAGAAAUCUCAUGGAUGGUCUCACUACCACCCGGUCUUCACUGGAAUCUGAGCUGGAGACCUUGAAGGAUGAGCUGAUUGCUCUGAAGAGAAACCAUGAGGAGGAAAUGAGGCAGCUCCAGUCCCAAACUGGUGGCGAUGUGAGCGUGGAGGUCAAUGCUGCCCCUGGAGAAGACUUGACAAAGAUCCUGAAUGACCUGAGAGAUGAAUAUGAGCAGAUCAUUGCGAAGAACCGCAAGGAGGUGGAGCAGUGGUAUGAGGUCAAGAUCCAAGAAGUCAAUCAGCAGGUCACUUCCAGCAGCCAGGACAUCCAGACAAGCAGCCACCAGCUCACCGAGCUGAGGCGCGAGAUGCAGAACCUGGAGAUCGAACUGCAGGCGCAGCUCAGCACGAAAGGCUCUCUGGAAAACUCUCUGGCAGAAACCGACUCUCGCUACGGCCGCAUGCUCCAACAAAUCCAGGGGCAGAUAAACUGCAUCGAGGAGGAGCUGGCCAGCAUCCGCUGUGAGAUGGAGAGUCAGAGCCAGGAGUACAAGAUGCUGCUGGGCAUCAAGAUGCGCCUGGAGCAGGAGAUCCAGCAGUACCGGGCACUGCUGCAGGAGGGGCAGCAGGAUCUUGUAUCAUGUCAAGGAGCAAUCCAAGGAGGAGGGCAGUCAAGAGUGUGUUAAGAUCCCACCGACACAUUGGGCUUCCCUGAUCCAGUCAGUGCCAUGGGAGCCCACACGCGCUGUGACCUACCCCACGCACAGAUGGCUCUCCAAAUGCUAUUAAUGAAAUCAAAAUUAAUAAUUACUAGGCUUUUCUUUAAACUAUCUACUCCUCCCUUUUCAUACUGUCCAUCAC